UUUACACUACAAUCCGUGGUUGACUUAAAAUAGUAAUUUUUUGAAAUUUAUUCUAUUUUUCAAGUUCAAAAGCUAUUAUUGCGGUUGCACAUUUAUAUUUUUCCAAAGUUAAAUACUUUAAUGGAAUAUUCGUAGUACUACGGAAUUGUGCUUACGGAAUGGAGAAACACACUUUCAUUCUACCUAUGCUCCAGCCAGAACGUCAGAAUAUACUGGAAUUUCCGAAUGCCUACAACAAGAUCGCUACGCCUUAUACAACUGGUGCAGACUUUUCAAAACCCACACGUAACUUUCUGGAGAGAAUUCAAGGAAAUUUGAAACUACGUCCUUGCAAGAUCAUUUUGGUUGGCGAUGUUGCAGUUGGGAAAACUACUAUCGUACAUAGAUUUUGCUAUGAUAAAUUUCAGUACAACUAUAAAGCAACAAUUGGCGUUGAUUUCGAAAUAGAAAAUUUUACAAUUUUGGGUCAAAACUUUUGUCUGGAAAUGUGGGAUACUGCAGGGCAAGAACGUUUUAAAUGUAUCGCACAGGCUUAUUAUCGAAAUGCGAAUGUUAUAAUUGUUGUAUUCGACAUGUCCAAAGAUGAAACUUUAAAAUCCACACCUACUUGGCUUAAGAGUGCUUUAGCUGCAAAUGUGAAUUCCAGAGAAAAGCCUUUAAUAUUUUUAGUUGGUACAAAGUCCGAUUUACUGAAUAAAGAAGAAUUUAUGCGUGUGGAAAAAUCAGCGAUAAAAGUUGCGGAAUGUGUCCAGGCAGAAUAUUGGUCAGUUUCUGCUCGUACAGGUUUUAAUGUAGUUAAUUUUUUUCAACGUGUGGCUUCAUUGUCUUUUGAAGCAUUUAUAAAAUAUGCGGCACUUGAAAAACAAUAUAUCGAUGCAACU